AUGGAAGAAGAUCUCCAGGAUCCCCCACUGGAUCAAGACUUCCAGCAGUGCAGCUCUGCGGUGACUCCUCAAGAACAAGAACAGGACCAGAGUUCUGAGUGUCCUCCCUCUGAUCUGGAUCGGGAUGGAGUUCUAGAUGCAGACAGGAUUGAUGAGGUUCAGAUGGCGGUCCUUGGUGGUCACAAAGAAGAAACACAACAGUCAAAUCUGUUUACAGGUUUGCCUCAGGACCAGGACCUGACAACUGCUGCAGCCAAUGAGGACGAGGCUCGGGCGUCAUGUGACAGCGUCCCAGCGUUGGUUGUCACUCAGGCAGAGGUGGUGGGACAGAAAGGCAUGAUGGGAAGUAAAGUGUCAGACGCUUCAGUCAAGCCUCCGCCGAGUCCAGAACCACCAGAGAGACCCGGAGAACCGGCGAGGGUCUCCACAGAUCCCAGUCUGAGCUGCAGCGGUGACGGACGAGACAUGAUCUGCGCCGACCUCCUGUCUCUGAGGAGCGACUCCGUGUCUCUGGCCAGUGAGACGACCGUCUCCAGGAGGAGUGAAGAGGACGACACCAGGAGUUUGACCACCUCCUCUGUCACGUCUCUGUUCCACAGGCUGCAGCUGGAUCCUCUGGAGAAGGCCUGGUGGCGGAGCUCCGCUCUGGGGAACAUGGCGGCGCAGAGGCAGCUGCUCGCUCAGGAACCGAGUCUGGUGGUGAAAAAGGACUUCCUCACCACAGCACUUCACUGGGCAGCGAAGCAGGGACGUCAGGAGGUGGCGGACAUGAUGCUUCGCUCCGGCGCCGACGUCAACGUCAGAUCUGUGAGUGACGAGACGAGAAACACGAAAAUCACGUUGUAAUUGUGUCAGAAAAGUACGACGGAGUAUCAGGGUCGAACUGAGAUCAAUGUCGUGUGAUAUUUCAUUUGACUAAAUAUCUUUUUCUGCCUUUCUUUCCCCGUCUUCUCCUGCAGCAUCAGUUUUUCUGUCCCUGAUGGUCUGUUUCUCUCUAACGCCUGCAUCGCUCUCUCUGAAGGGGGGUUACACACCUCUACACCUAGCGUCCAUCCACGGACACCAGCACGUCGUCCACGCCCUCGUCAACGACUACAGUGAGUCACAGAAAGCCAUAGAUCAAAGUUUUCUUGAACUUAAAUACACUGAUGUUACAGACCAAGACAAACAAGAAAGAUGACCGUAACCAUGGCCACAGGAAGUCGGCCAUUUUGAAUUUUGGUGCCCAUUUGCACCCUACGCAAACGAUCAAACUCGUCCGAGCGCGUUUGUUGUACUGACAUAAAAAAAACACGCCAAUUUGUAGUAGACACAUCAAAGGUGAAAAGUUGUCGAAAGGUUUGGCGGAUUCAAAAGGGCGUGGCCACGUCAACCCUCAACAUUUUGGUGAAUUUCGAGCAUUCACUACGAAACAGGAAGUGCCCGAUAACUUAGGCAUACAUUGAGUUCUACCUAAUUCCCCGAAACUUGCUGGGAAGAUGUUUGAGACCAAGACGAACAAAAAAGUUGACUGUAACCAUGGCCUCAACUCAACAGGAAGUCGGCCAUUUUGAAUUUUGGCGCCCAUUUUUUUUAGAUUUGCACCCUACAUGAAUGAGUGAAUUCGUCCAAGCUAACCCCGCCAAUUUGUACUAGACAGAUCAAAAGUGAAAAGUUGUGGAAAGGUUUCGUGGAUUCAAAAGGGCGUGGCCACGUCAACCCUCGACAUUUUGUCGAAUUUCGACCAUUCGCCACAAAACAGGAAGUGCCCGAUAACUUCGCUGUACAUUGACCAUUCCUUUCGUAUAUAGACUGUAUAUAGAUUUGAUUCAGGGACGGUUGUUCAUGUGUCCUCAUAAACCUUUAAAACGUCGUCUUUUGCUGGGUUUUUAUGGCACAAUAAUAAAGUAAACACCUGAACUGUCCCUUUAAAGCUGACACUCGCUCACCUCAAUGAGAUUCUCCUCUGUCACGCCUCAGAGACUCAGAGAGGCAGAGAGCGGCGAUGCAGAUCCACCAGACGUUAUAACCACCCACGAGCUUGAUUGACAGCCCACCUCCUCCUCCUCCUCCUCAGCAGGAUGAAGAGAGGCGGGGAGUCACACUGCUGCUAAUGAGGUUGACUCCAGCUUUAAACCAUCGGGGCGGUUCAUGGACUCAUGAUGAUUCCUCCUCCUCCUCCUCCUCCUCCAUAUCUCAGACAUAUGGUCACAGAGGGAGGGGCCACUGUCACUGUGACACCACCUGUCAAUCAAAAUGUCUCCGGAUGUUACGUUGAUCUGCUCAUUUAAAAAAAAAAAACAUGAGUUUAGAUUAUAUAAUAAUAAUCGUAUGAUACUAUAAAGAAAGUCCCAUUUCAGCCACUCAAUAAAUGACUCCUCUAAUAAAAUAUGGAGCUGCGGAAGUCUACGACGUCUUAAAAAAUAACUUUACAGCUUUAUCUCACCACCGGACAGACGUUUAUUAAAGCGCUCACUCUCCUGCACCAAAGCCCAGAGAGAAGAUUUCUCAAUGGGGUUUGGUGUGGGGAGGUUGAGACGUCUACAAAUCAUCAUAAAAGUCUGUUUACAGUCAGAAAAGUCUGUUUUAUAGUUAAAUAAAGCAGUGAACACGUGGAAAGAUGUUUUACCAUGACCUUUCUCUCUUGUCUCCUCUCGCCACAUGUUAUCUGACAUAAUUAGCCUCUCUCUCUCUCUCUCUGUCUCUGUCUCUGUCUCUCUCCCUCCCUCUCUCUCUCUCUCUCUCUGUCUCUGUCUCUGUCUCUCUGUCUCUGUCCUGGGAGGGAUUUACACUCGUCCACCAGGUCUGCAGCAGGAAGCUGUGCUGCUAAUGAUCCACUCUGGUCCCUGUGAAGACGUUCAGAUGCUAAAACCAGCGUCAGAGAUUAUCAUGGGAAGGCGGCGGUUCAUUACUGGAGCGGCUGCUCCGACGUCUUCCACAGAGCGGAGACUCAGGAAGGUGGGAGGUUUUCUGGAGGACGUAGGACGCAGCGCAGCUCUCUGUCCUCUCUGUCCUCUCUGUCCUCUCUGUCCUCUCUGCUCAUGUCUCACUCCCGCAGUCAGGGACCUUCAGGUUUGAGUUUCCCUGCUGCAGAGAGUGAGUAUGUUCAGGGACCGCCUCCCAUCUGAGGAAGAGGAACUGAACUUUCUCUGUCAUGUUACUGCUGUUGCCUAUAGCAACAAAUCUGCAGCUGGACACAGGUUUUACAGUUGUUUGUUAGAGUUUUUGUCGCUUAGGAAACCGAUAACUCUCCCACACCAAAGUCCAGAGAGAAAAUUGACAUCACUGCACACAGGGAAUUGUCAAUCCACUGUUGCCUCUUCACGGAGUUUAAACGUGUAUUUUGUGACGUUGGCAUUUGAAAACCUUUAAUCUGGAUUUACUUACGUGACACAGAAUGACCAAACAAGGCAGCUCCUGUGUCCACACGAGCUAAAAACCUGAAUGUGUUUUUAAUGAAUUUGUUACUGUAGUUAAGAAUAUGACAAAUGAAUAAAACAAUGUGAAGUGAUUAAAAAAAUAAACCAAAGUCUAAUUCAUUAA